AUGGUGUCAACAAAGCGUUCUACAGAUUUACAAAUCUUGAGCUUCAACCCAAAGCUUAGCGCGCGGGAGCAGCAAUUGCAGAGAGCCCAAGCUCUCUCUCAUGCCGCCAAAGUCUCCUAUCGCCGCCGACUGAAAAGGCCGCGUGAGGCACAAAGUCCCACAACGCGCAAAACGCCCGUUGACGAUGAAGUUGAUUCACAACAACUAGCUGCCCGUUGCACGCGCCUGGUGUAUGCCCCUGAUGGCUCAACAUCCCGCGACCCCUUCGACAUCCUCGCGGUCGAAGUCUCGCCCGCUGUUGCAGAGAUGCUUGUCGCCAGGAAACGUAAAGUCCACUGGAACUGCUGGCACACCGCCUACAGCACUAAUACUAGUCACGAUUGGGGCAAGAGUGCCCUUGCGCUCCAGUUCUCCGAAGACCGAGCAGCUCUUCACCACAAAGUCAGUGGGACCGCGUUUCUGUUGGAAUGCGCUGCCAUGGUCGCCGCUCAGGUACUGCCGCAGCGAGACGAUGUACGACUAACUGUGCUACGAUUGAAGCAUCAAGCACUACGUCAACUGCUCCCACAGGGUAACGCGCCGGCAGACUCACGACAUGAGCUUUUUUACGUCCGCGCAGUCUUCUCCAUGUUGAUUGCAUCGAUCAUGAUGGAGGAUGUAGCCGAGAUCAUCAUACACGGCAGACAACUGCGCACUCUGCUUGAGCACUUCACGCUCCAAGACCCCGAAACCACCCAGAUGGUUCUUACACGAGCAUACCUGAUGGACCACACAGUCUCGUUGCAGUACGUCCAGCCUCCGAUGCUGGACAUGGGCCCGUCGUCACCGCUCGCCCGCUACGGGUGGAUCGCUGACGACGUCUGGCUUGCUUCAAUCCCAGAGGCACUGCUCGUCGGCCAGCCAAGUACAGAAGAUUUCAGCCGCGACAUUGUUGAGCUUUAUCAGAAAUUACGCGACUUGUCGUGUGCAGGGGGUAUGUCGGCAAGCCAUGCUCAGCGGGGAUCGAUGCGCCUGCCGCCACCACACCUCUCAUUGCCACUCCAGCGUACGCUCCGACUCGUCGGUGAUGCCUUCACUAUAUAUAAGGACAGACGGUAUAGAACGAGCCAAGAUGCAUAUGCAGAUGCGCGAACAUAUACGGAGUCCGUCAUGGCGCUCGCCAUCCCAGCUUUGCACACGAUGCAGGAGCAUAACAUCGCACGCCUCGGCCUUGCGAAAGUCGCCUCUGGCAUCAUGGGCUCGUUGCGGACAGACCUCGCCCUAGCCCUUUCGCUGCAGCGUAUACCGCGGUUGCAUAGCGACGCCUAUCUCUGGGUCCUCAUGGUCGGCACGUGCUGGGAGCUGCAAUUCUGGUACGCCUUACCUUCCGUCGGCUGGUCACCGUGGUUUGAGGCCAUGCUGUACGAGCAUGCCUACCGAAUCAACUGCGCUUCGUGGGCUGAAGCAAGGGCGAUCAUUGCCGAGUUUCUCGACCCUGACAUCCUCGCGCCGCCUGGUGAAGUCUGGUUCGACGAGCUAAUACAGUCUGGGACCGUGGACAAACGUGUAGGAAGAUGGAAGAAGCCCGGGAGCUGUGGGAGAGCUAAUUGCCUAAUCGUCGAUGCUGCUGUCAAGAUACCUUGGAUUUUGUGA